AUAGAACGAGACGAGGAUUGGUCGAGAGCGCGUAGGAAGAGGACGAGGCAAGCAGAGCCGUUCGCGUACCGUCCAAGUGAUGCGGUUUUCUCCAGUGUCGCGUAGAGUGUAGUGUGUCUCUCUCGCCUUCCUCUUUACCCCCCUCCGUAUUUCUUUGGCGCGUCGAGAGUGUUCAGUGUGCGUCGAUGUGGAGGUGGUCCGGGCUUCUUCUUACCGAUGACUAAGGAGUGCAUUUAGUGCAAGGACUGAGAAUACCUGGGAGCGUUUGAGAAGUACAUCCCCCGAGACCCCCCCAGCCAAAAUCACACGCCUAACCUCUCCCCUGUCCUCCUUAUCCUCUUCCGCACCCUUUCCCUCCGCAAAUUUCGACAAGAAGACGUCUCAUCACAGAAGUAGCAGUCGUGAGCUCGCAAUGGACGGCAUGGAUAAUAAACCAGCUCUCAAUGAUGACCCUUCGGUCACCUUGACCAUUCGCCUGAUCAUGCAGGGCAAGGAGGUAGGAAGUAUCAUCGGAAAAAAGGGAGAAAUCGUCAAAAGGUUCCGUGAAGAGUCCGGUGCAAAGAUCAACAUAUCCGAUGGAUCUUGUCCCGAACGGAUAGUGACCGUAACCGGGCCAACGAAUUCGAUCUUCAAGGCGUUUACGUUGAUAUGCAAGAAAUUUGAGGAAUGGUGCUCCCAGUUCCAUGACAUCCAGGGUGGUGGUGCUGGUGGUGGCGGUGGCGUACCAAGGCCACCGAUUACACUGAGACUGAUUGUACCAGCUUCUCAAUGUGGCUCGCUCAUCGGUAAAGGUGGCUCGAAGAUCAAGGAGAUACGCGAGGUUACAGGGGCCUCGAUUCAGGUCGCCUCCGAAAUGUUGCCGAAUUCGACGGAACGAGCGGUCACCAUAUCGGGCACGAGCGAAGCCAUAACGCAAUGCAUAUAUCACAUCUGCUGUGUUAUGCUAGAGUCCCCUCCCAAAGGUGCCACGAUCCCUUAUCGCCCCAAACCCCAAGUUGGUGGGCCACUGAUCCUGGCUGGUGGGCAAGCCUACACCAUCCAGGGUAAUUACGCGGUGCCCGCCCACUCGGACGUAAGUACAGUAUUGCCAUUGCCCGCGCCCGCUGCCGGGCCCACCCCGCCCUCGCUGAACACCCAAACUUUGACGACCUCGCCCUUCGCGGCCCACCCUUCCUCCUCGGCCUUUGCCGCUUCUCACGGGCAUCCGCUCCUAUCCACCGCCCACCUUACCAGCCCACAUCAUCCUCUACACCCAAGCCCCUUACACGCCAGCGUGGCAGGCCUCGCCGACCCCCUGCUGAAGAGUGGACACUUGCAGGCAGCCCUCCCGCCCGCACACCUCGUGGCAGACGCCAUGGGCAAGCUUGGCAGUAAUCCUCUUGCUGGCCUGGCGGCUUUGGGCCUUGGUAGUCUGGCCACUCCUGCUAAUACCGGUGGAAUUAAUCCGGCAGCAUUGGCGGCAUUAGCGGGUAGCCAGUUACGUACGAACAACACGAAUCGACAACAGCCAGCGGCGAACAAUCAGACGCACGAGAUGACAGUGCCGAAUGAGUUGAUCGGCUGUAUCAUCGGCAAAGGUGGUACCAAGAUAGCUGAGAUACGUCAGAUAUCAGGUGCCAUGAUCAGAAUUAGCAACUGCGAGGAGAGAGAAGGUGGUGCCACGGAUCGUACCAUCACCAUUACGGGAAAUCCGGACGCUGUUGCGUUGGCACAGUAUCUCAUCAAUAUGAGGAUAACAAUGGAAACGUCAGGACUGCCUGUACCAACGUACCACUUCAUAACGCCGGACCACAUCGUCAAAUCACCGAUUCAUUGAAUAUCGCGGACGUUAGCCGCCACGUAUGGUCGUUAUCGUCGUCGAAAGGACGCGGGGCGUCGCGACGUACGCGAGGAGACUGUCCCUGGCAUCUGGAAGCGUCUCACUAUAGUGUGUUCGACCAGUUUGCUAAUCGACACGCUUGGGAUAAUAAAAAAGAUAAAAAAUAGAGAAAUAAAGAGAGAAGGGAGAUUAGAGACAGAAAAAGAGGUAGAGAAAGAGAUAGAGUGAGAGAGAAGGGGGAGGGUUAUAUUAUUAUAUGUAAGGGAAAGAAAAGAGAGAGAGAGAGAGAGAGAAAUGCACGAUCGUAGAGAGAGAGAGAGAGAGAGAGAGAGAGAGAGAGAGAGAGAGAGACAAAUUAAACACUCGACACGCACGUAAAAAUACGUAUAUACACGAGAGAGAAUACACGCUAUGAACACACAUCCAUAUUACACAUAUACAUUAAUCACACUCGUUUUUUCAUCAUAUUGUAUAUAUAUACAUAUAUAUAUGUAUAUGUAUAGAUAUAUGUGUAUGUGUAUAUAUAUAUAUAUAUACAUAUGUAUAUAUAAAUAUACGUAAGAAAUCGAGGAAAUUAUACUCGAUGACAAGGGACAAUGAUGUGUAUAUAAAAGAGAAGCACACACGCGAUUUCGUUUAUUAAAAAUUACGAGAUCACACGCGUAGUACCACGAGAGUAUAUACACAAUAAGAAAGAACAAAAAAAAAAAGAAAGAGAGAGAGAGAGAAACACGUAUACACUUAAAACAUAUGUAGAAAGAGUGAAAGAGAGGGAGAUAAGGAAAGAGACGAAGAAGACACGCACGCGCGUACACGAACACACUCGAGUGUACAAAACUGUACAAAAGAUAUUUAAACAAAGGUAACAAAGAUGAAAAUAACGAAAAAAAAAAAGACAAAAACAAAAAAAAAGUAAUGAAGAAAAGAAAAAGAAAAUUAAA